UCAGCGUGUUUGGUAACUCGAAUGCUGUUGUGCUACAAGUUAAAAACAGCUACAUCUUCUGUUGUUUUUGUCGCAGCGGCUCCCUUUUCAGUCCACAGUACAGCGGAUUUAGUGUACAAACGAGUUCUUUCUUUAAGCGCUUUUGCACGUGCAUGUUUCGAAGCGGUUUCCGCCUGGACGUGCUAAUGUUAGCCGUGUAGCUUGUGCAGCUGCUGGUUAGCUCGGUGCUGUAAAUGUCAAAUUGUAAAGAAAACUGACCCCGUCCAGUGGAUUCCGCCAACUGACAGACACCUCGGAUGUCUUCUGGAGGAAUUAUGGCGUCGACCAGGCUUCUGCGGUUAUUUUACGUGAAAGUGGCUGCAGGCUCGAGCAGGACAUUAUUAGCCAGAGCAGGCUGCAGGAGGAACUUCAGCUCUUCACCUUCAAGACAGCAGAGCUGCAUGUCAGCCUGGGUCAUUGAUCAGUAUGGCACUAAUGGAGUUUUGAGAUACACAGAGGAAAUCAGCAUGCCCACUAUUAAUUCCCCCAGUGACAUCUUGAUUAAAGUUAAUGCUGCCAGCCUGAACCCUCUUGAUGUAUCUAUGAGGGGUGGCUAUGGAGCGAAGCUGAUGAGGUUACGGAGAAACCCCUUCACCGUGACAGACAGUGAGAGUGAAUUUCCUCUCAUCCUGGGCCGGGAUGUGUCUGGGGUGGUGGUUGACUGUGGGUCAGAGGUCACUUACUUUAAUCCAGGGGAUGAGGUGUGGGCUGCAGUUCCCCCAUGGAAACAAGGCAGUCUGGCAGAAUUUGUGACUUUAACAGAGUACGAGGUCUCCCUCAAACCAAAGUCACUGAGCCACAUAGAAGCAGCAUCCAUCCCUUAUGUAGCCAGCACUGCUCUGUCGGCACUUGGUAAUGCAGGUGGUCUCUGCAGAGACAGCUCUUCAAAUAAAAGAGUUUUGAUCACUGGCGGAUCUGGAGGCGUUGGAACAUUCGCUAUUCAGCUGCUAAAGGCUUGGGGCGCCCACGUAACUGUGACCUGCUCUCAGAACGCCGAGGGCCUCGUCAGAGGGCUGGGGGCCGACGAAGUGGUGGACUACACGGCGGAGGACGCCGCCGAGCAGCUGGAGACGAUGGAGAAGUUUGAUGUUGUGCUGGACAACGUGGGCGGCGAGUCUGAGGAGAGUGUGAUGGGCCUGCUGAAAACCUGGUCGGGGGCGAAGUACGUCACACUGGUCUCACCGUUGCUGCUCAGCACCGACUCCAUGGGCCUUUUAGACGGGGCCGUCCACGCCGGCUUCACCCUCCACAGCAAGGCCGUCCAGAACAUCCUGUCCGGCGGGAUCUUCUACAGGUGGGGGUUUUACGCUCCGGACGGUCCUGCCCUGGACGAGGUCAGCAGGCUGGUGGACGCGGGGAAGAUCCUGCCGGUUGUGGAGGCACAGUUUCCGUUCACCCAGGUGCCGCAGGCCUUUCAGAAGCUGGAGCAGGGCCACGCCCGAGGGAAGACGGUAGUCCAGGUGUCCGAGGAGGAGGAGGACGACGACGGCCAGACCGAGGCUGCAGACUCGGAGCAGGAGGCGCAAGAAACAACCAAAGAAAACUGAAGAGGGGCCAAAGCAGGUGUCAAGAGCGUCACUCCUGAUCCCCCUCACCUCCUCGAGGCGACAUCUAGCUGUGGCGGACUCUGUAAUCCACAGAGAGAAGGUUCUGCUGGUGCAGCACGACCUGUGCUUGUAAAGGGAGCUAAAGGUUUCUGGGUCCGGAGUUUUUAUAUGUCUGAUUUAUGCUGCUUUCAAAUCAAGCUGAAGUUACUGUAAAUACCAACGUCUGGAUAAUAAAUACCUUUCGGGUCAGCUUCCAGCUGGUAAUGAGAUCCAGGUUUGUGGAUAACCUUGAGGUUGGAACAGACAUUGGUGCCUGCAUGCUUUGUUUCUUUUGCGUACUUAAGCCAUUGGUCGACUCCCAUCACCUUGUAUCUUAUUUUAUGCGGGUGCCAGUUGUGAGUACAAAUUAGCCAUCUGUACAGUGUGUUUCAGAAGUUUAUUGACAAAAAUAGUGUUACGGUUCUGAAAGCAAAACACUUUGUGUUGUAUACUUUGGAAUAAGAAAAAUAAAAGCCACAAGAGAU